GUUCCUUUAGAGCUGCAGUGAUUGCAUGUGUUACAAAGAUGAUUGACGAUGAAGAAAUACAAGACAAGAUAAUUCUUGAAGAGCUCAACAUAUAUCAGGAUCAACAAGGGACAUUUGGUCAUGAAAUUGCCAAAAGGCAGAGGAGAAACAAGAAUUUCAAUCCAUCAAAGUGGUGGCUAAACCAUGGCACAAGCACACCGAACCUGAGGAAAUUGGCUUCAAGAAUUCUAAAUUUGACCUGCAGUUCAUCUGCUUGUGAGAGGAAUUGGUCAGUUUUUGAACAGGUUCAUACAAAGAAGCGCGCCCGAUUACUUCAUGGUAGGAUGAGAGAUCUAGUAUUUGUGAAAUUUAACUCCAAACUUAGGAACAAGAGGGAGAUCAAAGAAAGAGAUCCUUUAGAGAAAGAAGUUGAUGAUGUCUUGGGCGAUGAAGAAAAUGAGUUCAUUACUGGCAUUGUACCUUCACUGGAUGUGGUUGAUGUCCAAGAACCUUCACAAAAUGUGGUUCCUGUACAAGCACAAGAUGGAGCACCAACAUCACAAGCAAAAAGAAAGAGGCAUGUGCCUGUGCACCCUAAGAAGAAGAAACAAAAGAUUAGAAGCUUGCAAUCUUUGUUGCGUGAUGUUGCUGUCCAACAGUCUGAGUCCUCAUCAGAUUCAGAAGAUGGUGGUGCUGAUGUUGCAAUGCGAUCCUCUGAUUCUGAUUAUGAGUCUCCCUACUGAUUCCAAUCGUUAGAAUGCAACAUUAUGUUUAUGUCAUGCACUAAGUGUCUUACUGUGCUAUCAACUAUCAUUCUAUGGUGAACUUACUGUAAUGUUUAUGUCAAGUACUCAUUAGAUUUGGUCAUGGUCUGUUCUGUACUUUAACUCUUUAAGUGGAACUAAGUGGAACUGUUGUGUG